AUGGAAGAGUAUCUGCACCACCUCGGCCAUGGAUGGCCUGCUGGACGGCAGCUGAGACGUGCACACGAGUGCCAGCUUAAGCAGCGGCAGCACCUCCUCUUCCUCCUGGUAACAAAGUCCCAUCCUCUUGUCCACACAGUCGAGCACAUUCCCCCUCUCCACCAUUCUCUUCACCUCCUCCGUCAGCACCACAACCCUCCCCUCCUCAUAAUACUCCACCGCUCUCCUACCCGUCACCACCUCCAACACCACCACCCCAAACCCGUACACGUCACACUUGUCAUUCACCCUCAGGCUCCCGCACCCCACCUCGGGGGCCAUGUACCCCUGGCCCCCCACUCCCCUGGGCCCACCCACCAGCCUCGCUAG